AUGCACACUCACUCACUCGCUUUGAUUGCCACUGUGUGCCUCGUCUCUAUCACCAGCCAUGCUGCCCCACUUGCUAUCAAACGUGACAGUCAACAACCACAAGGAGGAACACUGGCGGGUCUUACAUCUCAAACGUCUGCAGUGACUAAGGGUACUGCCCCACUCACUGGUCCAGCUAAUGGAUUCGUUGCGAGCGUGCUUGCGGCGGGUGGAAGUGCCCAGAGUCUUAUUCCAGCAAAUUCACAAGACGGCCUUACAGCAGAUACACAAGUUACAACUACCGUAAACGGCCUUGCAGGUUCUCUUGAUAAUUUAACUGGUGGUGGUGGUGGCCAGCAAAAACAAGAGGCUUAA